GCGGCCGGCGGCGGGGGAUGGCGGCUGUAGGCGCCGCGCGGGCGCUGAGGGCGGGCGGCUGCCGCUACAGCCGCUUCUCCUCCUCCUUUUCCUCCGGCGGCGGGGAGCGGGCGGGGCCGCGCUUCCGUCCCCCCGCCGGCUCCCGUAGGGACUGGAUCGGGCCCCCCGACAAGCGCUCCAACCUCCGCCCCGUCAUCUUCCACGUGCCGCCCCACGAGUCCCCGCUGGAACGGCGGCUGCGGGAGCUGCGAGAGGAGACCCAGGCGUGGAACCAGAGCUUCUGGGCCCGGCAGAACACCGCCUUCCAGCGGGAAAAAGAAGAAUUUAUCUACUCAAGACUGAAAGCCAGGGGUCUGGAAGCGAGAGAUGAAACAGGCCAGAAAGUGACAUUGAGUGCAGAGGAAAUGGCUGACUUUUACAAGGACUUCCUACGUAAAAACUUUAGAAAGCAUAUGCGUUAUAACAGAGAUUGGUAUAAACGUAACUUUACUAUCACGUUCCUCAUGGGUCAAGUAGCACUGGUGAGAGCUCUGAGGUGGCUUCGUUGGAGAUCAACCAAUGCUGGAAAUCAGUGAUCACAGCUCCAUGAAGAAUGUAACACUACCUAGACUGCCUGGCUGUGCUAUACACUCGCUAACAGCGAUGUUCAGAAUCUGAAUGUCCAAUGUAAUGAUCACUUAGGUCUGUUUGUUAGACUGUGUAAAUAAAAGUUGCCUUUAGCCUUAAUUUACAACCACUGUUUACCUUUUAUUUUGUGAAUAUCCAAAAUAUUCCCCAAUGAAAACACAAUUUAGAAAGCUCUCCAAAGCUUUCUUCUUUGACAUGAACUGGAACAGAUCACAACUGGUUGUUGUUCUUUGUUUUUGUUAGAACCGCCGAGGUAUACCUCAUAAAACAAAUCCCAGUGUGCUGUGCCUGAACUGCGGUCACACAGUGUUAUCACAGACUGUAUCUGUACACAAAGACAAAAUGCCUCACUUUGCAGCAGCUGUCUGGGGCAGCAGUAGUAUAAUGUGGCUGAAGGAACAAGUAUGAUUUCUAAGUAUAUAUGCACAAUUGACUUAAUAAUCCUUUUUUUUUAAAAUGCAAAUACUUUCCAUUUCCAUUGAAAGCUUACGAUAUGAUUUCAUAUAAUUUACUAAGGCAGCAGAGCCUACCAUAAUCUUGUUUUCUUUAUAAGAAAUGUCCCUCUUGGACAACAGUUCCUCUAACCUGUGAUUGUUGAAGAUUUUAGCUGCUGAGCAAUAAAAAAGAUGCAUUGCCAGACACUUAAUCUCCAUAAAAAAGGAAACUGAUACUUGGCUGUAUGAGAAGAUGUCAUGUCAUAUCAUAUGUCAUGUCAUAUUCUCACCCAUUUCUUCACUCAAAAGAACUUGCUUGAGGGGGAUUUUCUGGCUUCGAGGUAUGUAAUGUCAACUGGGAGGAAGCUGAUACAAGAAAAGUCUUAAAAUGUUAUGCCAUGUGUCUGUAACUUAAAGUUCCUUAACUCUGAAUGUUCUCUAUGUCUAUACAGUUCCAUGUAGUGAUUGUUUUAAUACUUACUAAGAGGAUUCUAUUAUUGAAGCACGUUUUCCCCAGAGCCAUGCUGUGGGGAAGGCUUUCGUUUUGGAAAUGUGAACUCAAUAGCCAUUGACCUGUUUUUUGUAUCUAAACAUGACAUAGUUUAUUCAUGAGGUUUUUCAGCUUGAG